AUGGCGAUUUUUGAUAUUCUCUUAGGAACAACCAAUGUAGCAUUCUUCUAUGUUAUUUUGAUAUGGGUUUUAAUUGAUAGUUUGAAACAAACCAAAAGUAACAACAAUGUUUUACCUAUAAAACACAAACCAGCGGUUUUUGCUUAUAUCACUGUUCUUUUCAGUGUUGUUAUUUCUAUUUUGAACGUAGCUUUUGUUUUCUAUGAGUACAUUUACACCACUAAUGGAUUAUUCAUAGGAUUUAUUUUUGUUUCUUCAGCUUUAACAUGGGUUUUAGCUACUUUGGUUUCGUGGUAUUCCAUGAAGAAAACACUAAGAGAGAGUAAAAGAUUCCCUUUUGUUCUAAUUCUUUGGUGGGUUUUUGCCACUGUUGUUGAUACAGCUUCAUUGUCAUUGAACCUUGUUAAAAAUUAUGAAUCUAUCAACUUGAGGAUUUUGUUGUUGGAGGAUAAUAUGAUUGAUGCGGUUUCUUUGCCUAUGUUGUUAGUUCUGUGUUUCAAUGCACUUUCAAAUGUGUGUGUAAGGGAACAAAGUGAGAUAGAACAAAGGUUACUUCAGAAAGAGUUUGAAUCUUGUAAUUUGGGGGAUGAAGAUGAAGGUGAAGAGGCUUUUAUGAAAGCUAGUAUAUGGAGCAAACUUACAUUUGGGUGGUUGAAUCCUAUUUUUGAAAAGGGUCGGAUUCAAAAACUUGAACAUGUUCAUGUUCCUUCUGUUCCUCUCUCUGAAACUGCUGCUACUGCUUCUUCUAUGUUGGAACAAUCUAUUAGGAAACAGAAACUUCAAGGCGGUUCUUUGACAAAAGCAAUUUUCCUUUCUGUUUGGAAAUCCUUAGCCUUAAAUGCUGUUUUAGCAGGUGUUAAUACUAUUGCCUCUUAUAUUGGUCCAUUAUUGAUAUCGAACUUUGUGAAUUUUCUGUUAUCAAAUAAUGAUAACUCAAGCACCAAAUAUGGAAUGAUUCUUGCCUUCAUUUUCUUUCUCUCAAAAACUAUUGAGUCACUUAGUCAAAGACAAUGGUAUUUUGGUGCUCAGAGAAUUGGAAUUCAGGUACGUGCAGCACUUAUGGCAUUAGUUUAUAGCAAAUCACUAAUGAUUAAAUGUGGUGGACCAACACAUGGUAAAGUCAUCAACUUGAUUAAUGUGGAUGUCGAAAGAAUCGGCGACUUUUGUUGGUAUGUUCAUGGAGUUUGGCUUCUUCCAGUUCAGAUUAUUUUGGCUUUGGUGAUCUUAUACAUAAAUUUGGGUUACACACCUUCUAUUGCUGCACUUUCUGUUACUAUUUUGGUUAUGGUUUGUAACACACCUUUAGCCAAUAUGCAAGAAGGUCUACACUCUAAGAUAAUGGAAGCAAAAGAUUCAAGAAUCAAAAUGACUUCAGAGACUAUGAAGAACAUUCGAAUUUUGAAGUUGCAUUCGUGGGAAUCUACAUUUCUGCAGAAACUCUUCCAACUUAGGGAUAUAGAGAGGAAUUGGUUACAGAAAUAUUUAUACUUAUGCUCAGCGGUAGCCACUCUAUUUUGGGCGUCUCCGACUUUUGUUUCUGUUUUCACUUUCGGCGCUUGUAUAUUGGUGAAAACUGAACUAACUGCAGCCACGGUUCUCUCGGCUCUAGCGACGUUUCGUAUUUUGCAAGAACCAAUUUACAAUUUGCCUGAACUUAUUUCCAUGAUAACUCAAACAAAAGUUUCGGUUGAUCGAAUUCAGGAAUUCAUACAGGAAGAAGAUCAAAAUCAGUUCAUGAAUAAGCCACAUGCUUCCAAAACUUCAAGACUUGCAAUUGAAGUAAAGCCGGGAGAAUAUGCAUGGGAAGAAAAUGACCAAAUUCUCAAGAAAUCGACAAUUCAUAUUGCAGAAAGAUUAACUAUAAACAAAGGUCAAAAGGUAGCGGUUUGUGGACCGGUAGGGUCUGGAAAAUCGAGCUUGCUUUGUUGUAUGCUUGGCGAGAUUUCAUUGGUUUCUGGGUCAGCAACUAAAGUUUAUGGGACUAGAAGCUAUGUACCGCAAAGUCCAUGGAUUCAAUCUGGAACUAUAAGAGAGAAUAUUUUGUUUGGGAAGGAAAUGAAUAAAGACUUUUACGACAAUGUUGUAGAUGGUUGUGCAUUGCUCCAGGAUAUUAACUUAUGGAGUGAUGGAGAUUUGAACAUGGUGGAGGAGAGGGGAAUAAAUUUAAGCGGAGGACAAAAACAGCGUGUUCAGUUGGCAAGGGCUGUUUACAAUGACUCGGAUGUUUAUUUCCUCGAUGAUCCUUUUAGCGCGGUUGAUGCUCAUACCGGAAGUCAUUUGUUUAAGGAAUGUCUUAUGAAACUUUUAUACGAUAAAACUGUUGUCUAUGCUACACAUCAACUAGAAUUCUUGGAAGCUGCAGAUCUUAUUCUGGUUAUGAAAGAUGGAAAAAUAGCGGAGUCUGGAAAGUAUAGAGAUCUCAUCGCGUGUCCGAAUAGUGAAUUUGUUCAACAAAUGGCUGCUCAUGAAGAAACAGUAAGCCAAAUUCCAAGCCAGAAAGAUGAUUUUGUUAACAGCAGACCUUGCCAAAAAAAUCGAACUGAAAUUGCAGAAGAUAAUAUUCAAGAGAUUAUGAUGGAUUGGAAGAGAACGAGAGAAGAAGAAGCAAUGACUGGUCGAAUGGGAAGCAACUAUUGGAUGUCAUGGGCUACAGAACAAAAGGGAAGAGUAGAUAACGCGCAGCUUAUGGGAAUGUUUGCUCUUCUAUCUGGUGGAAGCUCCAUCUUCAUAUUGGGAAGGACUGUUUUAAUGGCGAAAAUCGCUGUGGAGACUGCUCAGCGCCUUUUUCAUGGAAUGAUCACAUCGGUUUUCAGAGCACCUGUUUCGUUUUUUGAUACCACACCUUCUAGCCGAAUACUGAGUAGGUCAUCUACGGAUCAAAGUACAGUAGAUACCGACAUACCCUACAGAUUAGCGGGACUAGUCUUUGCACUUAUCCAGUUAUUGAGUAUCAUUGUCCUAAUGUCCCAAGCCGCAUGGCAAGUCAUUCUUCUCUUUUUUGUGGUUCUUGCUAUCUCCGUCUGGUAUCAGGCCUAUUACAUCACUACGGCUAGGGAAUUGGCCAGGAUGGUGGGAAUUCGAAAGGCGCCAAUCUUGCAUCACUUCUCAGAAUCAAUUUCCGGGGCUGCCACAAUUCGUUGUUUCAAUCAAGAGAAAAUAUUCUUGACCAAGUCUAUGGCUCUAAUCGACGAUUAUUCUCGGGUAGCCUUUCAUAACUAUGCCACCAUGGAAUGGUUGUCUGUCAGAAUAAACUUUCUCUUUAAUUUGGUCUUCUAUUUUGUUCUCAUCAUCUUGGUUAAUUUGCCCAGGUCUGCCAUCAGUCCCAGCAUGGCGGGUCUUGUAGCGACUUACGGUUUGAACUUAAAUGUGCUACAAGCUUGGGUGAUAUGGAAUCUAUGCAAUGUCGAGAACAAAAUGAUUUCUGUAGAGAGAAUACUACAAUUCUCUAAUAUACCGAGUGAAGCGCCAUUAGUUAUUCAAGAUAAUAGGCCUGAACCAGAGUGGCCUAAGGAAGGAAAAAUUGAACUCCAUAACCUUCAUAUACAAUAUGAACCUGCUGCUCCUAUGGUUCUCAAAGGCGUCAAUUGCGUCUUCCCUGGACAGAAGAAAAUCGGAAUAGUAGGUAGGACGGGAAGCGGAAAAUCUACUCUGGUGCAAGCUCUAUUUCGAGUGGUGGAACCUUUGGAAGGAUGCAUACUUAUUGAUGGUGUAGAUAUUUCCAAGAUUGGUCUGCAAGAUUUAAGGUCUAAGCUUGGUAUUAUUCCUCAGGACCCGACCUUGUUCUUAGGUACCGUAAGGACUAACUUGGAUCCCUUGGAACAACAUACCGAUCAAGAACUUUGGGAGGUUCUCAGAAAGUGCCAUCUUGCUGAAAUAGUACAGCAAGAUCCAAGACUUCUUGAUGCACCAGUCGCCGAGAACGGAGAAAAUUGGAGUGUUGGACAAAGACAACUAGUUUGCCUUGCUAGGCUGUUACUGAAGAAAAGAAAAAUCUUGGUCCUAGACGAGGCAACUGCGUCCAUUGACACUGCAACGGAUAAUUUAAUUCAGAAGACUAUAAGAGAAGAAACAAGUGGAUGCACAGUCAUUACAGUAGCACAUAGAAUUCCUACUGUCAUUGACACUGAUCUAGUUUUGGUCCUUAAUGAAGGGACAAUUGCGGAGUAUGAUAAACCAUCUAAAUUGCUACAAGACAGUUCUUCUUCGUUCUCGAAGUUGGUUUCGGAAUUUUUGAGGAGAUCAUCACAAAGUAAUUGA